CAAUCAUAAAACUCGCUAUCUAGUCGAAAUGAUGUGUAGCAAUUUACGAAUCUUGCACAAUGCUUGAGCAGGUAUCACUGCCAUUUCAUGUAGUUUCCAGUGUUUCGAUGCCGAUGCCACGCGGCCCUUUGUUGGCAGCGCUGUUGUAUGUUCGGCGCACAUCCAAGAAUACAGCCAAUCUUCUCAUCGACAUGGCUGUCCGUAUCGCGACCCUGCCCUACUACCGUCUCUAUCACUUCAACACCAUCGAUCCUCUCAAAAAUAUAGCUACACUUGCGUCUGAAAGCCCGCCAAACGCGAAGACGCUACAGCGAGCGGUGUCAUCCUGGAGAUCACGCAAGCUUGGUGAAUUACAGUUUAUUACCAUAUCAUGCACCGUCCUCGCGGCCGCGGUUAUUGGCGCGUUCUCAUGGACGACCAUCGAAAACGCAUAUUGGCUAACCCACGCAUUUUGGCAUAGUAGCCUCAUCCUUGCGAUACUGUGUAUUCUUCUCUCGGCCUCGGAAAUAACGGUCUUGCACCUCCUAGGCCCGUUACAAUCUAUCAGCCAAUCUUUUCGGGACGCCAACACGGUUGAGAGGUAUAAACCGCUUCUAUUAUCCUUUGGAACGGACAAUAUCCCAAAAUAUGUGCCACGAAAGAAAAUGGUGGUCACCUGGCAGGGACCCUUGAUGUUUAUGUCAUAUUCCGUGUGCACAUUUCUGGCGGGGUUGACGAUUUUGGUAUGUACACCAUUUAUCCGACAUGGUAGAAACUGGACCACUGGCCAUAAUAUUGCCACAAUGUAUUUGAUGGUUUUGGCCGGAGGAUUAACAGCGUUUGUUUUCUGCUCUUUCUGGGUAUAUUAUUAUGUGGAUUUGGGUUUAGAUGUGAAUAGCGAUGAUGGUGGUCAUGUGGAAGACCCAGAGAGCGUGGAUUUCAUGGGGCUUCGUGAGAUGCUUUUUUUUAAAAUAAGUUUAAAUUUUAGCUUUUUUAGCGCUGCUUUUAGCGUUUAA